CAGAGAUCGGCGCUGCUCUCUCGGGAUGUCGGGACUGGCCUUCGCAGCUCUCGUUCUUUGUCUCCACAUAACGGCGGGUGAGUCCCAGCAGUUUACUAUUAUCAUUGAGCACAGCCAGAUAAAUGUCACCGCUGGGGGUGAGGCGCUUCUUUCAGUCCGGCCGUCGGGCAACGACAGCAGUGGAAGCUGGACUUUAAAUGGGAUAAUAAUCGCCCAGUGGAUCGGUCAGACCGAGAUUCUAGAUCCUGAGUACACAUCGCGGGCAGAGUUAUUCACCUCCAACCGGUCGCUUCUGCUGAAGUCGGUGAACAGCGCUGACAGCGGGGAAUACCGUGUGAAUAUGGUUCCGAACAGCGGCUCCAUGACAUCAGCGACCGUCACUCUGCGUGUCACUGAGCCAGUGACCAGGGUUGCCGUGGUGACCAAUAAUUCCACUCCCCUGGAAAACCUCGAUACCGUCGCACUGAGUUGUGUCGCGUCGGGCUCUGUUCAGACACGGACAUGGUUCAAGGACAACCAACCCAUCCAGGGAAACGGCAGAAUAUUUACAUCUCCCGACAAGGCGAAACUGACUAUAAUCAGCGUGAACAGAAACGACGUCGGGACGUACAAGUGCAUCGCCCGCAACUCUUUCAGCAGUGGCGCUGGAGAGACCUACGUGGAGGUUUACUGCAAGUACACAGCAAAAACAGAUGGCAAUUGCACCCUCGGCUCUGGCGCAAUCGUGGGCAUUCUACUUGGUUUACUUGGCAUGGGCCUGAUCGGCGGAGUCAAUGGAUGGUUGAUCGCGAGGAAAUCCGACGGUAUCAAUGAUCCCCCACAAUCCCAGGACUACACAAGCGUCAAUUCCGGAAGGAAGAGCACCGUGGAUACAAACACCGUGAACGCAUCGGGAACCUAUGAAAAUCUCUCAAGGAAUGAACAGGGCGCAAGGAACGAUGUAGAAGAUGGAAACUCCACUUACACGGGACUUGUCCUGCAGGACCGAUCUGUUUACAGUGGUCUGGAGAGAUGACGUCACUGGUGAAGAGAAGAGGAUGGUUGGCCCGUGAAUUGACACAGAGGAAGGACAACCAUCGAGGGAAAAGCCACCGUUCAGAAUGUCCUUCAUUGUUUCUUCAUGGUUGUUCUCCAUGUCUCCGUUAGAUCUUUUCUGCGUUUCACAUCCUCACGACGAAGUCAUCACUGAAGGUUUUGACUCGUUUGUAUCACAGCAGCUUAGUUCCCUCACCUCAGCCCAGACUCCUAUGUCCCAUAAUUGACACCUUCACUCUGCCGCCGACAUUUGUCCUCUCAACGUUACACUGUGAUAUAAUCUAUAUACCGUUUUGACCCACGUCAUAGUCCGAUAGUUUUCUGACUACUUGUUACGCUCAAGAACAUGAAAUAUCGUAGCGCUUCACGCUCAACCCACAGAUUAGCUUCGUUAUUCACUUAGCGUGAGGCCGGAGCCGCGGCACAAGCGGCCAAGUGGUUUUAAUUCCAUUAAUUGCACCCUUUAAGAAGAGAUAUAUUGGGAAGGGUGUCCCGGCUAUUGCAGAGAGAUCUAGCAGAAAGACCCCGGGAAUGAGGGAGCUCCCGUGAGAGGAGCGCCUGUCUACCACUCCCCUCAAUGUUUUGAGGAGUUUGUUUAGGUGCGUUGCCAACAGUCGGGCAUUCUCGGGCCGAGAACCCUUCCUUCCAAAUUUUUAAGUGGAUUCGAGUUGGCGGAUUGAUUUUUUUCCUAAGGAAGAUGUAUCGUUGUACAGCUCCGGGGUUAUGCGCCCAAUGUUGUUGUUAUUCUUUUGCUUGUUUGUUUGAUUUUCAGUUAGUAGUUUUUUUUUGUUAU